UGUUAUUAUUAUUAUUAUUAUUAUAUUUGAGAUAAAAGAGAAAAGGAAGAGAAUUUAUUGGAAGAAAAUUUGAAAGUUUUAUCAACGGAGGACAUUUUUCAACGAGCAAUUAGGGAUAAUUUGACGAAUAAACAAUCUUACAAAAAAGAAGGAAGAUUUGGAUCGACAGUAGGUCGAAAAUCGAAUGUGGUGUUCGUGUUGGUUAAUCAGAGAAGUAUCGGUGACACCUAAAUUUACGAUUUCUCCGUAUUCGGACGAUCUGGCACGUGAAAAAGGAUAUUGGAUGAAAAAGGGAGAUUGCCGGUGAUGGACAAUGAGCAGCCGCACCAGGAACUGGUCAAGUGCGUGGUCGUGGGUGACACUGCAGUCGGAAAGACCAGAUUGAUAUGUGCUAGAGCUUGCAACAAACAUGUUUCUCUUUCACAAUUGUUGACUACUCAUGUACCAACAGUAUGGGCUAUUGAUCAGUAUCGAAUUUAUAAAGAUGUAUUGGAACGAUCGUGGGAAGUUGUAGACAACGUCAACGUUUCAUUACGCCUUUGGGAUACAUUUGGGGAUCACGAAAAGGAUCGUCGAUUUGCCUACGGCAGAUCUGAUGUGGUUUUAUUAUGUUUCUCCAUAACAAAUCCUGUAUCUUUACGAAAUUGCAAAGCAAUGUGGUAUCCAGAAAUACGUCGAUUUUGUCCACAAACACCUGUCCUAUUGGUUGGAUGCAAAAACGAUUUACGAUAUAUGUAUCGAGAUGAGACCUAUUUGAGUUACUUCCGUGAUCGUAGUCCUUUCGUAAGGGCUACUAGAAAAAGUGAUUUGGUAAUGCCUGACCAAGCAAGAGCAGUAGCACGUGAAUUAGGCGUGUGUUAUUAUGAGACAAGUGUAUUCACUUAUUAUGGUGUCAAUGCAGUAUUCGAAAAUUCUAUACGUGCUGCCCUAAUUGCCAGAAGACAACAACGUUUUUGGAUGACUAAUUUAAAAAGGGUACAAAGACCCUUACUUCAGGCACCAUUUUGUCCACCUAAACCAGAACCACCGGAAGUUUAUUUAACAGCCAGUACAUAUGAAGAAAAUAUGAAAACAUUAUGGACAAAGCCAGUUCACACCGAUGUCACAUUAAUAACAGGCAAUUGCACAUUUCCGGCGCAUCGAUGUUUAUUAGCUGCAGCUUCGCCUGCAUUUCAUCGACUAUUUUCAACAGAACUUGCACACGAACAUACACCGAGAAGUUCUAGUGAAUCUAGUAUGGUCAGUACUUUCGGGGAGGCAACUGUCGGUGAUUUUAACGACGAUACCGAAUGCCUCAUUCGCAUUGAUCAAAGUAAACCCUCAAAAGUAUGGGAACAAUUGAAAAGAAGAUCGAGUUUUCAAGUAUUACCAACGAUGGAUAAUCAAAGAAAAGCAAAUGGUGCUACGAGGGAAUUAAAUCAUCCUGCUUUUCAAAAUAUACGCGUGUCAAUGAGUGAAAACUCAAAUGGUGUACAACAACCAACUACAGUGGUGACACUUUCGAAGUUGAUUACGCCGCAAGCUAUGCAGCAAUGUUUGCAGUUCAUCUACACAGGCAGCUUGGAUAAACGGUAUCACGAUCUACAAACAGCUCCUAUUGGGCUAUUACUGGAGAUCAGACAAGCAGCUGAGUUUCUCGAAUUACCCCAAUUACUUAUGGUACUUGGCACCAUACAAACACGUGAACAAUUUGCUAACAGUGAUCUGAAUAAUCGAUACAAACAAGUGGUUAGACAACGACUCGAAGAUAUUUGUCUUGAACAAGGAUUAUUUGCCGAUGUUGUAUUUGAAUUGGACGAUGGUAGUAUGCCAGCUCAUCGUGCUAUACUAACUGCUAGAUGUGACGUCAUGAAAGCAAUGUUUUCCGGUGAUUUUCGAGAAAGCAGCGCCAAAAUCAUAGUAUUUCCAGGUGUAAGGGAAUACACGUUUCAUAAAUUACUGUGUUAUUUGUACACGGACGAAGUACCAGCCAUUUCUUCGGCCAGGUGUUUAAACCUUUUGGAAUUAGCAAAUAGAUUGUGUUUACCGAGAUUGGUUAAUCUCGUUGAAAGCAGAGUCAUUGAGGAUCUUAAAAGACUUUCUCAGAAUGAAGGAAAUGAGGCUGUUGAAAAUUGUUUGAGACUUUUGGAACCAUGCAAGUUACACAACGCGGAUCAAUUGGCGGAUUGGUGUAUGAAUCAUUUGUGCGUUAAUUAUAAUAAACUUUGUAAGAUGUCACCUCGUAGCGUUCGUUUACUUCAUCCAGAAAAUCAGGAAUAUUUGAACGAACAUCGAUGGCCCCCAGUUUGGUAUCUGAAGGAUUACGAUUAUUAUCAAAAAUGUUUGGCAGAACAGAUUAGGGAAAAUAAACCAACAUUGAAAAGAAAUCGUAAUCAAUCGGUUUGUUUGUGUUUCUCCGGCGGCUCAAGUAAAACAAGACGCGAAAGUACGAACAAUGGCGCCGUUAAUAAUGGCGGCGUGGCAUCGGCAACGUCCACAGAACAACAAGCAGCUGAACGUCCACUUUUUGAUGCAUCAACAGAAUCAGGUGAACAACAACAGGCUGUAUGACAAGAGCCAAGCGGCUUAAGCCGCUCUGUAAGAUUCGUUUUGAUUCUACCUGUGCUCUUGGUCUUCAUUUGCACCAUUUUUACCAUUUUGAUACUCCUACAGAUUUAUACUUAAGGUACGCAAAAAGUAUACAAAAAAAAAAUAAAACUCAAUAUAAUAAUAAUAAUACAUAAUAUAUUAAUAAACAAACAAACAAACAAAUAAGCAAAAAAAUGUCAAAUAAAACGCGUCACGCAAAUUAAUCUACGCGCGAACAAGAAUUUAAACAAAAACAAAAAAAAAAUU